AUGGGCUUUGGCACGCCGACGAUCACGCCGUCGGUCAAGCCGUUUCCGGGCGUCAUCCCGAACGUCAUCGCGCUGCCGUAUGGGCGGUGCCCACCGUUCCAUAUCAAGGCGCCGAGUUGGCGGACGCUGCUCAAGCUCAUGGCGCGGCUGAGCGGGACGCGGAUGGAGCCCACUAUGGAGGCGAUGGCAGUCGUCAAGACGGAGAUGCGGCUACGAAUAGUGGUCUCGUUCGUCAAGGUCCACCACGCGUCUGCAGACUGGGACACAGUCCUGUACAUGACGAUCGACCACCCCAUCCCGCCAAACGCGCCUACGGGCUGGCGCUACCGCAACGGCGACACGAACACGCUCCCGUGGUCGUACUCGCUCUCGCAAAUUCCGCCAUUCCUACGUGAUGGCGCGGACGCGGCGCUAUCCAAAUUCUACACCGUCCCGUGCACAAACGAGACCCCAUAUCCGACGCUCCCGAUCAGCUUCCCGAACCUUGCGACGUACCUCGCAGGUGCGCUGGAAACCGCGCGCGAUGCGAUGCACGACAGUUCGAGUGGGGUCAGGCGACUCGCGAAGUACGUCGACACGUUCUAUCCGAGCGACCGGGCGGGCCUGGACGACGCACCGGAGAGGUCGGGCAUGCGUCAGCGGCUGAAGAACUUCGUCGGGAUUGGGAGCAAGCCGCAGAGGGAUAGGAACGCGGAGAUGUACGAGCUCGUCACGCCGUUUGUGCCGGACGACUACGGCCGGUGA